UUAAUUAUGAGAUAGUUUUUUAUUAAUGGCAGUUAUAUUGUAGAUGUCAUUCGCUCGUUCGUCUUUCAUUACGACGUUUUACUAUCAUGGCGGCCACCGUCGGUAGGAUUUGUGGGGCACGUCUUUUGAAAAAUUAUGGCUUAGUUACUCCUCAGGUUUGUCAGCUGUCCACCAGUACUCACGGAUGGACAAGAAACAGAAAAUUGCUAUUGUCCACCCUGGGUGUUGUGGGCGGAGGUGUAGGAGCCUUGCUCUUUGCUCUGGAGCAAUCAGUGCAGGCCUCUGAGGGUGAAGCACACCCUGCCCACCAGCCAUGGUCUCACAAUGGCUGGUUCCAGUCACUUGAUCAUGCCAGUAUUCGCCGCGGUUACGAAGUGUACAAACAGGUGUGCAAAGCGUGUCACUCCCUGCAGUACAUCGCAUUCCGAAACCUUGUCGGUGUAACCCAUAGUGAAGAGGCGGCAAAAGCCGAAGCAGCAGAGGUUAUGAUCAGGGAUGGUCCUGAUGAACAAGGCAAUUACUUCGAGCGACCUGGCAAAUUAUCUGACUACUUCCCGUCGCCGUAUCCCAAUGAAAAUGCUGCUCGCGCUGCCAAUAACGGUGCAUACCCACCGGAUCUAUCGUUGAUUUGCUCUGGGCGCAAGGGUGGUGAGGACUACAUUUUCGCACUCCUCACUGGAUACAUGGACGCACCCGCUGGCGUAAUCCUCCGGGAGGGACAAAACUACAACCCAUACUUCCCAGGAGGUGCCAUCUCUAUGGCACAAGUCCUAUUUAAUGAGGCCGCAGAAUACUCUGACGGUACUCCUGCGACAGCUUCCCAAUUGGCGAAGGAUGUGGCCACUUUCCUGAGAUGGUGCUCAGAGCCAGAGUUGGAUGAUAGGCGGCUGAUGACCAUCAAAGUCAUUGGUAUGUUCUCUAUGCUCGCCGCAAUUGUCUACUACUUCAAGCGACACAAGUGGACCACAAUGAAGUCGAGAAAACUAGCCUACAAACCCGUUUCUAAGAAAUAAACGCAGCCAUCAAUUAAACAGUAGUAUAAAACAAAUGUUUUAGACAAUUUUUUUCGAUAGGCACAGUAACAUGUUAUUUGUUUAUAAUUAAAUUAAUUUAUUUUAUAUAUCAUCAUGUUUAAUUCUUCCCUCGAGGUUCAGGAUCAUUGCUUCGCUUUCUCUGUUACCAUGUUUAACUCUAUUGAGAAUAUGAGACGCCUGGCUCGGGUCUACUUGCGAACAAUUCAAUUUAUAGCGUCUAAUGUAUUUUUACUGAGGAGAUUGUUCACCGUCGUACGAUUGAUUGUAGCACAGGCAACUUAAUAAUAAUUAUAGGUGAUCAAUUGCAAUACUGUGCUUGUGAUGUUUCAUGAAAGAUUAACUGUGAAUCAGUGUACAGUUGAAUAAAUGAGUUAUUGAAAAUCGAA